UGUGUGUAUGUGUGGGACGAUAUCACCACUACACACGCACAAUACCAAAAACACAUGUUAUUCGCGCAUACUCGAUACCGCGAAAUCGCAUCAGCCCCGUCGCAGCCAACCAGCCAGUUCUGAGGGUCAAAGGCAAGCGAUAGGGUUAGUUGUCUACUGCACUGGACGUGACCGUGUCCGGGACCGACGGGAGCAAACAAGGCCGAGGUUCAAAACAGAAAACAGUGCGUCGCGGGCAGUGCACAACAUUACCCAGUGGCCGGCAGUGUGUAUCUUAUCAAUCAGCCUUCCAACACGUUGCACCAUCGCUCCGUCACGAAGUGUCUCCACGUCGCCCCCCCCCGAUAAGUUCGUCUUCGUCCGAAGCAGAAGGCUGUAAUAAUUAUCCUUCCAUCCGCACUGCCAACCCCACGGAGGAAGGCUUACACCAAAGUGGCAACAACAAUAGAACACCCCGUAUAGCCUCACAAAAGCAUCAUCGAGAGGGUGAUAUUCUCCCCUCACUCUUUCCUGCUGCGGCGAAGGCGGAAAGAAAGCGCAGAACGCAAAACAAUCAUCUUGAGCGCGCGUUAUCGAUUGGGCGAUGAUGUGAGACGGGUCGAGCGAAGGACCCCGGGCGUUUGAUGAAUUCCCCUCGUUCGCCUGUGUAGUGUAGUGUGCUUGACGCUGGUGGCUGGACGAACGAUUGCUUGCGCCCCUCGUAAGGUGGCACACUUUUGCACGCGACCGAACCCUCAUCCGGAGGCUGCGGAACAAAAGAAUUUCUAGAUACAGACACACACACACACAGGCAGACACACACACACCCUGGACGGCAAGGAUGAACCCGCGCAUCGUCAUCAUCGGGGCCGGUGCGGCCGGUGUGGCCGCGGCGACGCGGCUCAUCGAGCGGGGCUACAAGAAUCUGAAGAUACUCGAGGCGGAAAAUCGCAUCGGUGGCCGCAUCCACACCGUACCGUUCGGGGCGAACGUUGUUGACCUGGGCGCACAAUGGUGCCACGGUGAGAAGGGAAACGUGUGCUACGAGCUCGGCUCGAAGUACAACGUGUUCGACUCGAACAGUGCCCGGUACGAGCGGUUCGUGCUGACGCGCUCGAACGGCGAACAGAUACCGAAGGAGCGGAGCGAAAAGCUGCUCGGCCUGAUCUGGUCCAUCCUGGAGACGCACAAGCACGAGCUGACCGGGUACCGCGGCUCGCUCGGCUCGUUCAUCAUGGGCAAGUUCCGCGCGCUGCUCGAGACGCCCGAGUACGCGGACGUGAACGACGAGACGGCGUACCAGGUGCUGGAGUUUUUCCACAAGUUCGAAAACUCGAUCGAAGCGUCGGACAGCUGGUUCGACACGUCCGGGCCGGGCUACCUGCACUACUGGGAGUGCGAUGGGGAUUUGCUGCUGAACUGGCGCGACAAGGGCUACCGGACAGUGCUGGAAAUUUUGAUGAAACGCCAUCCACUCCCCACCGCAGCGGAUGCAAUCAAUCUGGAGGACUACACGCACUUCAACAAAACGGUCGCCAACAUUAACUGGACCGCCGGACCGGACAGCUUGGUGUCGGUGCGCUGUACCGACAACAGCGUGUACGAUGCGGACCACGUGAUCUGCACGAUUUCGCUGGGCGUGCUGAAGGAGCGCUACCAGUCGCUGUUCACGCCCGAUCUGCCCCCGAUCAAGCGGAACGCCAUCCAGGGGCUGACGAUCGGCACGGUGAACAAGCUGUUCCUGGAGUUCGAGAAACCGUUCUGGGCGGCCGGGUGGCAGGGCCUGAGCCUGAUCUGGAACCAGGCCGACCUGGAGGAGGUGCGCAAAAUGCCGGACAGCUGGAUGGAGGACGUGUUCGGGUUUUACAUCGUGGACUAUCAGCCGAACGUGCUGUGCGGUUGGAUUUCGGGCAAGAAUGCGCGCCGCAUGGAGCGGGCGAGCGAUGAGGAGGUUCGGCGCGCGUGCAUGUUUCUGCUACGCAAGUUUAUGAAGGGCUGCACCGUGCCGGAACCGGUCCGGUUUCAGCGUACCAGCUGGUACUCGAACCCGAACUUCCGCGGCUCGUACACGUUCCGGUCGAUGACGACGGAUCUGCUGAACACGUCCGCAUCGCACCUGGCCAUCCCGCUGACCAACUCGUGCGGCAUGCCGGUGGUACAGUUUGCCGGCGAGGCGACGCACGAUCACUACUACUCGACCGUGCACGGUGCGGUGGAGACGGGAUGGCGCGAGGCCAGCCGUUUGAUCGAUCUUUACGAUAGGAAGGCUCAUCUGUAAGCACGAUGAUGCAGCCGGAAUUGCCCUCCCCAUAUACCACGAACGAACAGUUAACCAAACCACACACCCACACACAGAUAAGACACAAUACACCGUUUUUUUCUCUCUCAUA